AUCCGCUGAGACAGAGAGCAGUGCGGGACAAUAGGAAGCUUCUAAAGGAAGGAACCACCUUUCUCACUUCCACAUCUAUUUCUUUUUCUAUUUUAAAACAACAGCCUGUGUGAUCCAACCAGUGCGCGCUGACUGUUAUGUUCCAACAAGGCGGGGCUGACCCCUCCUGUCUCAUUUGGACCGUCCACAAGUAGGAUAGCCUGGACACUGAGGAGUGCUGCUGUUGCUGCUGUUGCUGUUGUUGUUUUAUGACAUUAGAGACUCAGGCAUGAAUUCGGCCGAACAGACUGUAACGUGGCUCAUCACACUGGGGGUCCUGGAGUCUCCCAAGAAGAGCAUCUCGGAUCCAGAGGCUUUCCUCCAAACGUCUCUGCAGGAUGGAGCGGUGUUGUGCAAGCUGCUGGAGCGACUUAAACCCGGGACGGUGGACAAAUUUUUCCAGGAACCGAGGGGCGAAAGCGAGUGUCAGAGGAACAUCACCGAGUUUAUUAAAGGCUGCGGGGCUUUCGGUGUGGAGCCUUUUGAGGUCAAUGACCUCCUGCAGGGACUCAACUUCUCCAAGGUCCUAAACUCCUUGGUUGCCCUCAACAAAGCUACUGAAGAUUUAGGAGUUUCUGAGGACAGUGUGUGUGUGCCGCACUCCUCCCACUUGAGGAUCAAGUCAUUUGACUCUCUGAACACUCAGAGUCGCUCCUCCAAAGUGCUGCAGCCUCAGUACCGCAGCCUGGACAUGUCGGAGGGCAGUGGGUGCGGCCACGUGCUGGUCAAGGCGCGCUUUGCUUUCCAGCAGACCAAUGAGGACGAACUCUCCUUCUCCAAGGGCGACAUCAUCAGCGUGAGCCGACAGGAGGACGGGGGCUGGUGGGAAGGCUCGCUCAAUGGCAACUCUGGAUGGUUCCCCAGCAACUAUGUACGGGAGCUGAAGGGAAGCGACAAGACAUUAGACAAGCCAAAGUCUGGGACACUGAAAAGCCCCCCCAAAGGUUUUGACACCACCAUCAUCAGUAAGACCUACUACAAUGUGGUCCUGCAAAACAUCCUGGAAGCAGAGAGUGAGUAUUCGAGGGAGCUGCAGAGUCUCCUGGGCUCUUACCUGCGCUCACUUCACCCCACAGACAGACUCAGCAGCAUUGACAUCGGUCACAUUCAGGGAAAUCUGGAGGAGAUCUCGACCUUCCAGCAGAUGUUGGUUCAGUCCUUGGAGGAGCAUACAAAGCUCCCAGAGAACCAGCAGAGGAUCGGGGGGUUCUUCUUGAAUCUGAUGCCCCAGAUGAAGAUCCUCUAUGUGGCCUACUGCUCCAACCACCCGUCUGCAGUCAACAUACUCACACAACACAGUGAGGAGCUAGGGGAGUUCAUGGAGUCAAAGGGGGCGUCCAGUCCUGGGAUCCUCACUCUGACCACCAGUCUGAGUAAACCCUUCACCAGACUGGAGAGAUACCCAACGCUGCUGAAAGAGCUGGACAGACACAUGGAGGACCAGCACCCUGACAGAGCUGAUCUCAUUGCUGCCAUGAUGGACUUUAAAACCCUUGCGGCUAAGUGCCAGGAGGUGAGGAAGAAGAAAGACCUGGAGUUGCAGAUAUUAACGGAGCCAAUCAGAAACUGGGAGGGGGAUGACAUCAGAACCCUCGGCCCUGUUCUCCACAUGUCCCAGGCCACGGUCCACACGCAGAACUGUCAGGAGUCAAACGAACGCUACCUCGUCCUCUUCCCUCACACUCUGCUCAUGCUUUCUGCUAGCCUGAGAAUGAGUGGAUUCAUCUAUCAGGGACGGAUGCCACUGACAGGGAUGCUCAUCUCCAGAAUAGAAGACGGGGAAACCCUGAAGAAUGCAUUUGAAAUAUCCGGUGGCCAGUGUGAGCGCAUGCAGGUGGCAUGUAACAGUCAGCAAGAACUACAGGACUGGCUCGACCUCCUCACCAAACACACACACACUCCAGCCUCGCACACACACUCGCACAAGCCCCAGUCCGUCUGUCACACACUGCCCUCUCACCCAGCCACUCCAUCCAGACACUCGGAGUCUCGUGGAGCGAGUACAGGAAACACCUACCACACUCUUCCCCAUCCUUCUUCAUUUGGGUCCACCCUCAGCAGCAGCAGUCCCAUGUGGGGGCCCCUGGAGCAACCGAGCACCCCUAAACCCUGGAGCCUGAGCUGCCUUCGCCCUGCGCCUCCACUCCGGCCCUCAGCUGCUCUCUGCUUCAAGGAGGAUAUGAGUAAGAGUCCAAAGAACAUGAAAAAGCUGCUACCUAAGAGAAAGCCAGAGAGGAAACCUUCAGAGGAGGACUUCACUGUCAGAAAAAGUACAGCGGCUCUAGAGGAGGACGCUCAGAUACUGAAAGUGAUCGAGGCCUAUUGUACCAGCGCCAAGACACGACAGACUCUCAACUCCACCUGGCAAGGGACCGACCUCAUGCACAACCAUGUGCUCGCUGACACCAGCCUCACCAUCGCUGGUUUCCCCGGCAACCUGCCGUGUUCAGACCAGUCAGAGGACUCGGAUUAUGACAGUCUCUGGACCGCACAUAGUUACAGGACUGCCUCAUUUUCUCGUAAGAUAUCGGUGAAGGAUGUACACAUGUUGUUCCCGGACGAGGAGAAGAUCAUAGUGGAGGAGACCAGGAGCAACGGACAAACUGUGGUGGAGGAGAGGAGUCUGGUGGACACUGUGUACAGCCUGAAAGAUGAGGUCCAGGAACUCAAACAGGACAACAAGAGGAUGAAGAGGACACUGGAGGAGGAGCAGCGAGCGAGGAAAGAGCUGGAGAGGAUUGUCAGGAGAGUCCUAAAGAGCAUGAACGACCCAACCUGGGACGAGACUAACCUCUGAGAUCAACAUGUGUCUGAUCAUAACGGACGAGACCCACGUCUGACUUUGAAAUGACCAAAUGAGCUGUUGUUCAUCUGGCUUGGACACAAGCUGCCAAUACUUCAUUCAACAUGUCCUCACUUGCUUUGACCUUCACAGUGACCUGUCUGUACCAAACUGUGGACCAAGAGGAAACACCUGCCAGCCAUUAGCAAAGCCAUCCCAACUGACCGUAAAGCUGUGAUGCCAAAUUAGCUGGUAGGCAUGAUGACAUCACUUCCUGUCACACUCCUUUACUUCUUUCAACAGCCUUCUGUGGAGCACUAACAAACCAAUAACUUUCCCUCAUCCACGCGUGUUUGUGGUAAUCCCUCCUUGUGCUUAUUUGCAUUAAGUAUGAGAUUUAACCAGUAUUUUAUUGACUGAACAGAAGACCUCUAUUUCUAUUUUAUGAUAUAAGUUACUGAGUCGAACAAACUAUGAAGUUAGUUUAUUUGUUAUAUCAAACACAAAUUGUUGUAGGAACCAAAUUUUAAAGUCAACCUAAAUUUACCAGCACUCUUCAGUGACAGGAUGAGAUUAAAGUUCUCUGUGCGAUGUAAAGAUCAGCGCAACUGUGAUGAAGAACCCCAAGCUUUACAUUUUGGAACAGACUACCAAAUUACUUUGUGGAUCCACUGCAUUGCUUCAUGGGAUACGAAGCAGAUACCACGUCUCAAAAAUGUGACGUACCGUAAAAUCAUCUUGUUAUUGUCAAAGGGAAGCAGGAGGGAGAUCUUCUCAGGAAUUUACUCGUCCAUCAGGGAGUUUCAGCUUUCUGCUCCAGAUUAACUUCUAUUUCAAAUUUCAUAUUUUUGCAGAUAGACACUCCAAACAAUAUUUAAAGGUUCAGGAUGAUUUUGAAUCGUGUUAUUUUCAAAUAGGGACACAGUAAGAAACUGCGCUGAACUCAUACAGAGCACCAAGUCACACAGAUACCAUCACAGCUCAUUUUCAGUUUGUCUUAACCUACAGUGACUCAGCUCGCUGCUCUUUCUGGUCCUAAACCAAAGCAAUACAACACUGGAAACUGUUUUUUUAAUGAUGUUUAUGAUGUCAAUAUGCAACUUACUGUAGAAUGUUUUCUUAUUUUUAUAUUUGUGAUUGUGUUUUUACUCUUAUCAGCUGCUUUUGAUUUGUAACACCACUUAUUUUCUACUUGACCUGGGUGAUCACACUAAAGAUGAUUUGUACAGAGAAGCAGCCUAUUUCUCAUCAACGUCAGGAGAUGUGCCUUUGGGAGAAGAACAUUUCCUUUGCUAAAGUUAUGAAGCAUCAAAACUUCACCAACUGAAAUAGGCCUAUAACUGAAAUUAGAAACCACGCUAAUGCAAGCUAUGUAAUACAGUAUGUCAAUUAUUGAUUCUAACUUAUGUAUUUAACUGAGAGUGACUGAUGUAAAUGUAUUGUGUGUUCAGUUGUUACAAUAAUGAAGGUGAUUACAGUAGUUACUAUGACAAGAAUCAUCCCCCCUCUCUUUAUUUAUUUCACCCAUUUGUCUGUGAAUAAAAUGUUGA